GUAGAAGGAGUAGUGGACUUAAUGCACAAAAAUAAUAAGUAAAUUUGAUGCAUUAUUAUUACUUAUUUCUUUCACUCUGUAUAUGCUUUUCCUUAAAAAGUGUUUUCUCCAAACCUCUUCCAUCUUUUUUCUAUCUUCAUCGUCACCACCACCACCAACAACCACUCCUCUCUAGUCUUCACUGCAGAAAUUCUCUAGCUAGAAACUUCCCCUCUUUGACUUCAUGCCGAGUUUGGAUCUCAGUAGUGCAAACUAUUAAAACGAUAAUCGAGAACAAAUGCAAUUAUCGUAAUAAUUUGAAAAGACGAAGAAGGGCUUAAGAAUUGAACGGAAAUGGCUUUCCACGAGCACCAUAUGCAGCACGAGAUAGCGUUUCAGCGCUUCACCGAGGAGCAAGAACUAACAGCAGAGAAUAGGGACAUGCAGCAGCAGAGGGCGGCGGGGGUGGUUGCGCCGCCGACGUGGCUCAACAACCCUAGCAGUCAUCAUCAUCGACAGCAGCAGAAUUUCCUGCACCAGCUGCAACCACCACCACCACCACCACCGGAGACAGCGACGACGACGGAGAAGAGCAUGGAUCGGAACACAAGUUUCGAAUCGUCGGAUGAAUUGAGGGAAUACAAAGCAGACAUCUUAGGACACCCGCUGUACGACCAGCUUCUGUCGGCUCAUGUUUCUUGCCUGAGAAUCGCCACGCCGGUUGACCAGCUUCCACGGAUCGACGCGCAGUUGCAGCAGUCGCAGCGCGUCGUUGAUAAGUACUCUGCCCUCGCAAACCCUGUCGUUGAUGACAAGGAGCUCGAUCACUUCAUGACACAUUAUGUUCUGCUGCUAUGUGCGUUCAAGGAACAGUUGCAGCAACAUGUCCGUGUUCAUGCCAUGGAAGCAGUGAUGGCUUGUUGGGAUCUCGAGCAGUCUCUACAAAGCUUGACCGGUGUAUCUCCUGGGGAAGGAACGGGAGCAACAAUGUCGGACGACGAAGAUGAGCAAGCGGAGAGCAACGGUGGCGGCGGCGGCGGCGGGGGGAACCUUUACGAAGGAAGCUUUGACGGUGUUGAUAGUCUUGGUUUUGGUCCUCUUGUGCCGACUGAGAGUGAAAGAUCGUUGAUGGAGCGAGUGAGGCAUGAACUGAAGCAUGAACUCAAACAGGGUUACAAGGAGAAGAUCGUUGACAUCCGUGAAGAGAUUCUCCGCAAGAGAAGAGCUGGCAAGCUUCCUGGUGACACCACCUCCCUUCUCAAAGCUUGGUGGCAAUCACAUUCUAAAUGGCCCUACCCUACUGAGGAAGACAAGGCCAGGCUGGUGCAGGAAACUGGAUUGCAAUUAAAGCAGAUAAAUAAUUGGUUCAUAAAUCAAAGGAAAAGGAACUGGCAUACUAACCCCUCUUCCUCUAGUAACUCUAAAACCAAGCGCAAGAGCAGUGCAGGUGAGAGCAGUAACCAAAGCUUCAUGUGAUGAACCAAAAGGAAAUUAAGAUAUAUACAUACAUAUAUAUAUAUAUCUAUAACAUUAUAAUGCUAGUCUUGGAUUGCUUGCUGGGAUUCUUAGACCUUAAUUAACGUCCGAGGGCUACUGAUAUGGAUGUAAAAGGGGAUAUAUAUCACUCUUGAAUAUUUUUGCUUUAAACACAGUAAACCCUAAUAUUGAUGUACAUAUAUGACUAUAUAUAUUUUCUGCCUUUAUGAUA